AUGAAGAACACCCAGGCUAGGAGUGAAAGACCAGACCAGCGAACACCCAAGCCAGGAGUCGAAGACCAGACCAGUGAACACCCAGGCCACGAGUCGAAGACCAGACCAACGAAGAAGGAAAAGAGGGCUGGGGAAUCUCUUGGGGGGGAGAAGAAGAAGCUCCUGCUAUAUGCACCUCACAAUCUCGACAUAGGAUCUACUCCACGAUCUCGACGUAGGUUUCAAUCUAAUACCAAAUUUGUUGCAUGCCAACCUUGUUCCUAUGCAAUGUACUCGGUCUUCUGUUUUGACUUAGGUGACAAGCUUCCACUAGGUGCCCCUGCACUAAUGAUGUCUCCACAAGGGGUGAACGUUGGCGCCGUCAAGCCAGAGCUAGUUCAAAAGAGAGAUGAGAAGUACAAGAUACCGACAGAUGAUCUGAGAAUGUCAAGAAUCUCUAUUGAAGUACCGGAGUUGAUACAUCCCAAUGCAGACUAUUGGAAGGAGACUGGCAAGGGUUUUGCUAUUGACAUAGAGCGGACAGAGAUAAUAUCUUAA